CCCCACCUUUAGCUCCUUCUAACCCCAAGGUAUAGCUACACACAAUGAGCAUUUUUGGUGAGCAAAUGCAGAGUAUGUGUAUUAUACACAAUUUCAGUGGUUUACACAUAAGUAUGGCUAAAGUACCAUCUGUAUGGUUAAUACAGAAGACUAGCUUUACUCACCAAUUACAUUUGUUCACUAUUUCCCUCCUCAUCCUCUUUUCCCUAGACAUUGGAGGAUUUCAAGAUCCUGAAGCUUCUGGGAAGAGGCACAUAUGGGAAGGUAUGUUUAUUCUGAGAGGGGGUAUGCUCUCUCUUUUUCUCUCUCUAUACAGGUGGUGAUGUGCAAAGAGAAGGCAACGGGAGAGAUAUUGGCAAUGAAGAUACUCCAGAAGUAUGUGAUAGUGGACAAAGACAAUGUCUCGUACACUGUUACGGAGAGGAGAGUUCUCCAACUCAACUGUCACCCUUUCCUUGCUAGGCUCAAGUACUCAUUUCAGACACCCGACCAUUUGUGUCUAGUGAUGGAGUAUGUCAAAGGAGGAAAUUUACUUUUCCACCUUAGCAGUAUGGGAGUCUUCUCCGAGGACCGCACCCGAUUCUAUGGAGCUGAGAUAACUCUGGGGAUUCAAUACCUGCACAACCAGGGAAUUAUCUAUCGAGGAAUCUCGCUAGAGCAUCUGAUGUUGGAUCAGAGCGGACACAUCAAGAUCACAGGCUUUGGUCUCUGCAAGGAGGGAAUCUUCUCCAGAGACAGAACUAGAACCUUCUGUGGUGCUCCGUUAUACACAGCUCCUGAGGUGGUAAAGGGCUCUGACUAUGGAUGGGCAGUGGACUGGUGGGGAGUGGGUGUGGUCAUGUAUGCGAUGAUGUGCAGGGGACUCCCAUUCUGCUCCAUAUACUCUGAAGACCUGGAGGCUCUCUUUGAACUGAUUGUAAAGGAAGAGGUCAAGUAUCCCUCAUGAUUGUCAAUGAAAUCCAGGUCUCUACUUAGUCAACUGCUGGAAAAAGACCCCAGAAAAAGACUUGGAGGAGGAGAGGGAGAUGCAGAGGAGGUCAAGUCCCACGUGUUCUUCGAGACCAUAAACUGGGACAAUGUCUACAACAAGAUGAUCUAUCCUCCCUUCGUCCCCAUUGUCCAUUCACAGACGAGCACUGACUACUUUGAUAAGAAAUUCACUGACCAGGACCCACAGUUAUCCCCUCCGGGUGAGAGUUCUCUCAAGGAUUAUGGUGAACUUUUUAAAGAUUUUGACUCUGUAUAAUAAGACCUUUCCAUUUUUACGUAAAUUUAUGGUCAACUAUAAUUAUAAUUAUGUGGCAUUGAAGUACAUCACUGCACAUGUGUACAAAGUGUACAUGUACUAGAUCGUACAUGUAUAUUGGAUU